GAUCCCGCGGCCAGCGCCCCGAGCCCCGCGCCCCGCGCCCCGCGCCCGCCGCCGCCGCCGCAAUGGGGGCCUGCCUGGGCGCCUGCUCCCUGCUCAGCUGCGCGUCCUGCCUCUGCGGCUCUGCCCCCUGCAUCCUGUGCGGCUGCUGCCCCUCCAGCCGCAACUCCACCAUCAGCCGCCUCGUCUUCACCUUCUUCCUCUUCCUCGGCGUGCUGGUGUCCAUCAUCAUGCUGAGUCCUGGCGUGGAGAGUCAGCUCCACAAGCUGCCCUGGGCAUGUGAGGAGGGGGCCGGGACCCCCCUCUUCCGGCUGAGCUACGUUGACUGCAGCUCCCUGCUGGGCCAGCGUGCCGUCUACCGCAUGUGCUUCGCCACAGCAGCCUUCUUCUUCCUCUUCAUGCUGCUCAUGCUCUGGGUGCGCAGCAGCCGAGACCCCAGGGCCGCCAUCCAGAACGGGUUUUGGUUCUUUAAGUUCCUGGUCUUUGUGGGCAUCACUGUGGGCGCCUUCUACAUCCCCGAUGGCUCCUUCUCCGACAUCUGGUUCUACUUCGGCGUUGUGGGCUCCUUCAUCUUCUUCCUCAUCCAGCUGGCACUGUUCAUCGACUUUGCUCACUCCUGGAACCAGCUGUGGCUGGGCAACGCUGAGGAGCGUGACUCCCGCGGCUGGUACGCAGGCCUCUUCUCCUUCACCCUGCUCUUCUACUCGCUGUCUGUUGCGGCCGUGACCCUGCUGUUCGUUUACUACACCCAGCCCGGCGCCUGCUCCGAGGGCAAGGUCUUCAUCAGCCUCAACCUCAUUCUCUGUGUCUGCGUCUCCAUCAUCUCCGUGCUGCCCAAGGUCCAGGAAGCCCAGCCCAACUCGGGUCUGCUGCAGGCCUCCGUUGUCACGCUCUACACCAUGUUCGUCACCUGGCUGGCCCUGUCCAAUGUCCCUGACCAGAAAUGCAACCCCCACUUUGACAACGGGACGAUCCUGACUGGCCCUGAGGGCUUUGUGACCCAGUGGUGGGACGCACCAAGCAUCGUGGGUCUCAUCGUCUUCAUCCUGUGUACCUUAUUCAUCAGUGUUCGCUCCUCGGACCACCGGCAGGUGAACAGCCUGAUGCGGACAGAGGAGUGCCCGCCUGUAGCAGAGGCCACGCAGGAGGAGGUGGGUCGGGCUUAUGACAACGAGCAGGACGGCGUCACCUACAGCUACUCCUUCUUCCACUUCUGCCUGGUGCUGGCCUCCCUGCACUCCAUGAUGACGCUCACCAACUGGUACAGACCCGGCGAGACCCGGAGGAUGGUCAGCACCUGGGCCGCCGUGUGGGUGAAGAUCUGUGCCAGCUGGGCCGGGCUGCUCCUCUACCUGUGGACCCUGGUCGCCCCCCUCCUCCUGCCCAACCGCGACUUCAGCUGAGACGGCCCCUGCAGCCUGCCCACCUGGUGCCUCGGGGCUCAGCGACAGUCAGCUAGGCUGCCGCGCCCCGCGAGCACCAGCACUUGCCCUUGAGCUGGGCGCCUUAUUCACAGUGCCUUCGGGGCUGGGGAGCAUCGGGCCCGUGCGGGAGCCUUACCCUCAGCUGUCCCGGACCAUGGGGCUUCCUCUUCCUUCCCCUUGUCCCCAUCACCUACACCCACCUUCUUGGGGGAAAAGGCCCCUUGUUCCCAGGCAACCCAGGAGAGACCUGAAGGAAAUGCUCUGGCCACUCUGGGCUGCUCACAGCAGCAGGGUGCCCAGCACCACGGCACUGGUGAUCCCGACCACGUCCCCAGAGGGCCCCUCACCUUCCUCGAGUCUGUGCCUUACAGAGUCUCUGAGACUUUGCCCAAUAAAGAAGCCGCAGUGUGUGCCUCCAU